AAUCCUUCUACUCUGAAAUUAUUUUCUUAAAACACGUGAGAAUGUAGGAGUUGACACGAUCCAACUUUCGAUGAGAUGAGAGGCUCAACGGUUCCUUUUGUUUCAAAGCUCAAUCAUCUUUCUCUAUUUACUAAUAAAAUGCUUAGAAAUCAACACCAUGUCUAUGCAUCCAAAUCCUGCAAUUGUUCCUCUUCUCUCUCAUUUAGAAAUGACCCAACUGCCCUCUCCACUGCACUUACUCACUCUGCAAAUUCAAAAUGUAUUCUUCUCGGAAGUCAAAUACACGCCCAGAUCAUCAAGUUGGGAUUCUGCAAUGACAUUUUCUCACAAAAUAAUCUCAUCAAGAUGUACACCAAAUGUGGGUUCUUGGCUGGUGGGCUUAAGGUGUUUGGUGAAAUGCCUAUGAAAAACCUUGUUUCUUGGACUUUGGUGGUCUCUGGUGCUGUACAAAAUGGUGAGUUUGAGAUGGGUCUGGGGGUGUAUUUGGAGAUGAUAAGAACUGGGUUGGUCCCUAAUGAGUUUGCUCUUGGCUGUGUUACGAAGGCGUGUGCUGCUUUGGGGGGUAAAGAAUUGGGUUUGUGCGUACAUUGUUUUGCUCUGAAAGUUGGAAUGGAGAAGAAUCCAUUUGUGGGUAGUUCCAUUUUGAACAUGUAUGCUAAGUUGGGGGAUAUUGAAGAUGCUGAGCGGGUGUUUGAGUGUAUGGACAAUCUUGUUGUUGGUUGUUGGAAUGCUAUGAUUGGAGGCUAUGCACAAUGUAGUUAUGGCUUUGAAAGUCUCAAGAUUGUGUCUUUGAUGCAAUAUAAAGGAAUAAGUAUGGAUGCUUUCACCUUCAUUAAUGCUCUCAAAGGGUGCUUGGUUGUGGGUAAUUUGAAUUUUGGAAGACAGAUUCAUGGAUUGAUCAUUCAGAGUGAGGUGGGAUUUAGUACUGCAGUAAUGAAUUCUCUUAUGGACAUGUACUUUAAAAAUGGUGGAGGGUUGUAUGCUUUGAAGGUUUUUGAUAGGUUGCAAGAUAAAGAUAUUAUAUCUUGGAAUACUGUGUUUGCAGGCUUAUCACAAGGUGAUGAUGCAAGAGAAAUAGGAAGAUUCUUCCAUAAAUUAAUGUUAACAGGCCUAAAGCCCAACUGUGUGACUUUCUCAAUCUUGUUUAGAUUUUGUGGAGAGGCUCUUGAUCUUGUUUCUGGGCUUCAGUUUUAUUGUCUUGCUUUUCAGUUUGGAAUCUCUGAUGAAGCAAGUGUCACCAGCUCACUCAUCAAUAUGUUCUCUAAAUGUGGGGCAAUGAGGAUGGCAUGUUUAGUGUUUGACAGUGCACCUUUCAAAAGCAUACAUACUUGCAAUGAAAUGAUUUCUGGUUAUAAUUUAAAUUGUCAUAAUGCAGAUGCCCUGAACCUUUUCUGUAACUUAAACGGCCUGGGACUUGAAGCAGACGAGUGUACCUUCUCAAGCGCCUUGGAAGCUUGUUUCAGAACUGAAAACCAAAAAUUAGGUAGACAAAUGCAUGGCACUAUAGUUAAGUCUGGUUUUGCAUCUCAAGGAUAUGUCUGUAGUUCAUUACUCAAGUGUUAUGUUGGAUUUGGACUGCUAGAUGAUUCUUUUGAGUUUUUUAAUGGGGUUGAGAGAUUAGAUUUGGUAUCUUGGGGGGCCAUGAUUUCUGCAUUGGUGCAUAAAGGUUAUAGCUCAGAAGCUAUUGGUCUUCUUAACCGUCUGAAGGAAGCUGGUGGGAAGCCUGACGAGUUUAUCUUUGGCAGCAUUUUUAAUUGUUGUGCUGGUAUUGCAGCUUAUCGCCAAACUAAAUCUGUCCAUUCCCUUGUUGUCAAAAUGGGAUAUGAGGCACAUGUAUUUGUAGCGAGUGCAGUAAUAGAUGCGUAUGCAAAAUGUGGGGACAUUGAAAAUGCAAGAAGAGUUUUUGAUCAAACAUCCAGAUUUCGUGAUGUUAUUCUUUUUAAUACUAUGGUCAUAGCAUAUGCACAUCAUGGUCUUGUAAGGGAAGCUGUGGAAACGUUUGAAAAGAUGAAGUUGGCUACCCUAGAGCCUAGCCAAGCCACUUUUGUUUCAGUUAUAUCUGCUUGUAGUCAUCUUGGUCUUGUUGAACAAGGCGAUAUUUUCUUCAAAUCGAUGAACUUGGAUUAUGGGAUGGACCCUUCUCCAGAUAAUUACGGCUGCUUAGUUGACUUGUUUUCACGAAAUGGAUUUCUUGAAGAUGCUAAACAUAUAAUUGAAACAAUGCCUUUUCCUCCCUGGCCAGCUAUUUGGAGAUCCUUGUUGAAUGGCUGUAGGAUACAUGGAAAUAAAGAAUUGGGAGAAUGGGCUGCUAAGAAACUACUUCAGUUGGUUCCUGAGAAUGAUGCAGCAUAUGUUUUACUGUCAAAGGUUUAUUCUGAAGAGGGUAGUUGGAGUGAUGCUGCAAAGGUGAGGAAGGGGAUGAUAGAAAGAGGAUUAUGGAAAGAUCCAGGUUGUAGUUGGAUUGAGAUAUAAUAAAAUAUCCACUCUUUGGAUGAGAAAACUCUAAACUAAGUUUCACUGGGCUGUUUGAAUGAUUUUGAUUCUGGUUCUUGACCACUAAUUUUUCAAAAUCAAGAUUGCUUUUUCUGGAGGAAAGUUCUGUCCCUAACACAUGGAAACAAGCACAUCCUGGUUCUCCAAGGACUAGCCUUCCAAAAGCAAUAAUUGCAUUUCCCUGGGGAAACACAAGAAACCAAAGUAUGCUCUUCAUACAAUAAUUUUUAUGUUUGUGGUGCCGUCAUAUCUCUCUUCUUUUCACCUUCUCUUUUUUCUUAUAUUGUUUCUGUGUGAUCCUCUUUUAUCACAUGGCAGAUAACAACUGCAUGUAUUUCCUUUUCCUAUAAACUCCUUUGGUAUUUCAGCCCUUUUGGAUACCAGCUCUUGGAAAUGGGUGUUGAAAAAACCUGAGUACUGUUUUGGUACAGAAGAAGAAUAAAGGUAUUUGUUCAUAACAAUUUCGCACUUGUUGAAUGUGAUGAAAGAUGCUUCCUUUUCUAUUUCCAGUGAAUAGGCUGGAUAUACCAGCCUCUUUCAUCUCCUAUUAUGCUAUCCUUCAAAGUAUGGCUUGUGAAUCUUAUAGUCAUGACGGUGCUGCCUCUUCCAAACUGGGCACAUUUCUUCUCAUAAUCUGUUUUUUGUCAUUGUUUUCUCUUGAGCUUGAUCAUAUUUGUGUAUAAUAUUAGUUCUGGCAUAAUAAAACUCAGCAGGUUUAUUGAUCAUGACAGUUUUUCUGAUGGUUAAAAAAAUUGAGAUGGAAAAAUUUUAAGUAGGCAUCUUUUGAAAACUAAGCCUUAAGCGAUUGUCUUAUCUGCCUCAUAGCUGAGCAAACCCUUCUAUGGUGUCUAUGAUGUGUAUGGGCAAAUGGAGAUUUAGCCAACUGCCCUGACUUGAUUUAGUAGGAUCAUUGCAUUGGCUGUUUGUAUUCUUUGAAGGCAUUCUUGAAAUGUAAUACAUGAGGUUGGUUGUGGUACUAAGGGGAGUCUCAAAUGCAUUUGGAAUUUUGUACACUGAGAAACUAGUCUUCUUUAUGGAAAAUUUGAAAAAAAAAAAAAAAAAAAAAAGAAAGAAAAAAAGUGGAAUUGGUGCUUAUUAGAAUGCCUCUUGAACUCAAUUUAUUUACUUCUCUUGUUAGUGUAAAUAUUCAUUUGAAUUAUAUGUGCUGCUGCCAUUUCUAACAUGACUUCUAUCAUUUAAGGCAAAACAAGAUGAGCAGGUCAUGGUUACAAAUGUUGUAGAUUCCAGCUACAAAUUUGAUCUGUUGUCUGCUAUCCCUUCACUGGUUUGGUCCCGACUUCCAUCAUACUGGGCUCUCCAAAGAGAGAUUCUUCUCAGAAAAGAUGUUGAAGCCAAAGGCCGUCUUAAGCUCCCUUUUGGUGAAGUUUGUUUAGAGGGGAAAUAAGAGGAAGAAAUGAAGAAUGUAAUCAAUAACAGGAUCCUUACCGCCCAUGUUUCAAGUGGGAUCUGCAGCCGUAUGAGACUAGGACACACCUGGAAGGUGAUUUUCUCAAGUUUGAGAGCCCUUUUGUUGGCUGACUUCAGCUGGUAAGGCAUGUUUGGAUUGUUGGAAUAGGGAAUGAGAAUGAAAAAUCAAUUUCAUUUCCGAUGUAUUAUUAUAUUUGGAUUGUUUUUUAGAAUAAGAAUAAGAAUUAAAAGUUCAUUUUCAUGGAAAUUAUAUUUCACUU